CCUAUUUUCCUCUCCGAUAACCUUUCUCCGGGAAUUUUCCCUGCUCGAGAGGACCCCACGUCAUACUCUAAUCAUAAGUAGUGUUCUGUGAAAGACUCAAAUCAAUUUUAUCGAAGAAGAAGGGGAACAAUAGUGAGGUGUUUCCAACGUGAACUCCAUAAGCCUCUGGAAGAUUCGGCUCCGGUUCCGAAUCCAGGCUCGAGCCGUCUGCUACUACCUGACUCAGUGGUGUGGUGAGAUACCAUCGUUGACAUCGUUACCAAUUCGGAGCAAAGCGUAUCCGUCAUCGACGUCGUCGUCUUCCGCGCCGCCGUUGUUAUCAGCACAGUCAUCGUCGUCCUCGUUGUUGUCAUUUUCAUCACGAAAUCUGAAACGCGACAGCGGCCAUCGUCGAUCACGUCGACUUGCGCAAGUUACGUUGACGUCGACGAAGUUUUCCGCAAACACGAAAAAUGUUCCCCGACCUCACCAUAAGCCCGAUCAUCCCAAGUUUGGCGAAACAGUUGGGACUUGCGUUCCCCGGUCUAGCGAUGGAUCCGAAACCAGUCGACGGUAACGAUAAGCUCAAACUCGAAAACAGUUUGAACGCCUCGCUCAACUCGAGCUUCAACGGAUCGUUAUCCUUGAUCCCCCUGAACGAAGGCAAUCAGACCCCGCUGAAGCUGACCAAAGAGAAGGAUUUCGUGGGAAAUCCUGAGAAAUAUUACUCGGUAGAGGAUUUCAUCGAGUUGGUGAAAUCCAGCCCCUAUUUAUUCGACAAAUAUCAUCGCUUAUAUCGCGACAGUCACAUCAAGGACGCUCGAUGGGCGGAAAUCGGAGCGAGGUACGGCAUGACCGGCCCCCAGAUGGUGAAAAAAUGGACUCACAUUCGGGACCGGUACAAACGCAUCCUCAAUGAAGUCAUGGUCCGUCAGGCUCGAGGCGAGCACUUCCAGCCGUCGUGGAAGUUCUUCGACGUUCUGCACGGAAUGCUGUGCAAAAACUAUUCGGCUGCCAACAUCAGUGUACAAUCUUCUCCGAAGCCACAAGCGCCAACGUCGCCCGGAUCGGCGUCUCCGAUCACUACGAUAAACUUCGCCGAUGCGGCUCAGCUUUACACUGCAGCGCUGCAUCAAGUUGCGAUGAACAGGAGUCUCAACACGAGUCAAGCCACCGAGCCCGGUUCAGACAAGGACGAAAUCAUUGCAGCCGACUUCAUGGUCGCCGAGACUCACAUCGAAGACGAUCAGGACGACGAUCAUCACGAUCACGACCACGACCAAGAAAUCGACCGUGAUGACGCUGCAUCCACUUCGUCCGGCGCAGAUGCUCAAUCCCAUCACUCGCUGAAUUCUCAUAAGGAAAACACAGCCCCAAUCCCAAAAGCUCUGAAGAGAUCGGAAGCCUGCGAAUCAGCAGCGCCGGCCCCACCCGCCAAGAAGCGGAAGAACAGUAAUUCGGAUCAAGACAGUGGAUGUGAAAAAGAUACAGAGAAAGAUUUCAUCGAUCACUUCGUCAACUACAUCGGAGAGCGGAUUCGUACUCAUGACAAAGUUCAACAACUCUAUGUUGUCAACAAAAUCCAUCAAGCACUAUUCGAUUUCGAGAUGGAUCUCGCAAAGCUCGGAAAUCACUGACAGCCCAGAGUUUUAUAACUAAGUAAUCGAUGCUUAUCAGUGAGGUAACUCCAAGCACCCUGAUUACGCAGCCAAAGAGACACGUUUCAUGUUUCGAACCGGAUCACCACGAAUUCAUCAAUCGUACAGUCACCGAUGCCAUCAUCCUUCACCUCAUCCACUAUCACUCAUCCGUCUCAGCUUCCCUUGUACCAUUACUCGGCUGUGAACGGAUCUGUCAAUCCUAUUCAUGGAAGUUUACAAACAAAGAUUUCUCUCCCUCGGAUCCCUACUACGCUCAUCCUCACCUAUUUCCACAUGUCGUCGUCCGCUCACUGUAAGUAUUGGGAAUAGUUGCCGAGGAAGAUAUGAACGUAUCCGUGACAACUCCGACCGAGGGAUAGAGGAACGAACGAACGUACGACCCAACGAACGAACGAUAAUAAACAUGUACAUUUAUUCUGAGACCCAUGCUCUCCUGAGUUGUGAGAUUAUACGGAGCUGCUCAGGCACGCUUCCGUACCGUGGGUCACGUACCGCCGGAUUUUAUUUUGUUUGCCACUUUUUGUUAUGUAUCGAACACCACGACAGCUAGUAUCGAUAAUACUCAGAUCAUUACCGUAACAAGGAAUAAUAUGUAAAUAAAACCUCGUA